AUGUCAAAUAUUCUAUUUACCAAUAUAGUGGUUGACGUCAUAAUAGGUAUUGAUUUAGGUUCAUUUCAUGUUGUUAAAGACCAACCUUUUAAAGGUAUUGUAAAUAUACCGCAUGUUAAUGACACUGACUUACAUGUCAUCCAUUUUCAACAUGUUGUGAAGAAUCAAGAUCAAAAUGAAACCAAUGAAGACUCAGGUUUAAGAUAUGGGUAUUGGAUUACUCAUGGUAGUUAUUACGUUGUUUAUAAUGAAGGUCAGGAAUUGUAUGAAAUAUUUCAAGAGGAUGACAGUGUUAAAUAUGAAUUGGCAAUGAAGGAUUACAUUGAGAGAAAUAUGGUUAGUGAAUAUCCAAAGAUAGAUGAAGGAAACAGGUGGGGGAUAUUAAGUAAUAAAAUUAAUUGGCCCUUAGUUAAAACAAUAGUUUUUCCCAAAUAUAGACAUGGCAAGGAAGAAAGGUUUGUAUUUGUAGAUUCUUCAAUGACUACAUGGGAGGAAAAUGAAUUAUUGCGCCGGACUUUAAUAAAAGAUGGACAUUAUAAUAGCGAUAAUGAUGGUGAUAAUGAUGGUGAUAAUGAUAAAAAUAGACUGUUUCAUUAUUCCCCUAUUAAAUUUAAAUCUAAGGAAGCUAUGCGUGAUGAUUAUAAGAUGGAAGAUUUUCAAGAUAAAUCGUAUUAUUUUAAUGAAAUAAUUAUUAAACAAAAAUUUAAAGGUAAAGAGUUUAAUUACAUUGGAGAAUUACAAUAUUCAUAUUUAAAUUUGAUAUUAUUUGGUAAUUACGGAUCAAGUUUACAAUGGCAUAGUAUGAUUGAAUUGGUUUGUCGAUCAUCCCAGGUCAGUAAAGAAUUUAUUGGAAAUUUAGAUAAUAUUUUAUCAGUAGAAUUGGAUUUAAUACCAAUUGAAUAUAGAGAUGUAUUAAUUAAUGAAAAAUUAUGGAUAUCUUUAUUUACAAAUGAUUCUUUUCAAAAAGAAAAUUUACCAAAGACACAUAGUAUGUUAAUAAAAUGUCAUAUUAUUGAACAGGAUAGCAGUGAAACACAAACACUACCACAGCAAGACGAGGAAAGUGAAGAAGAAGAAGUCAUUAGUUUCAAUGAUGGUGACGAGAUUGGUACUGUUGAUUAUCAUAGAUUAGAUAGUUCAGAAGAUGAAGAUGGGCCUACAAUAGUGGGUGGUAUAUAUUACGGUUGA